CUUCUCGUUGCCAUAACUACCAUCCAACCUACCAAAAAAUAAUGACAAAUUCGAUUCAUGAAAAGACGGUAAAUAUGUCGUUUGAAGAGGAAAAUAAAGUGUUUAACGUAAAUCCUGACGAGGAAUUACCAUGGAUAGAAAAGUAUCGGCCGAUGUGUCUUGAAGAUAUUAUGGGAAAUGAAGAGACAAUUGAGCGUUUAAAGGUGAUUUCAGUCAAUGGAAACAUGCCACAUAUAAUGAUUUCAGGGAUGCCAGGGAUUGGAAAGACUACAUCUGUAAUCUGUCUUGCCCGUAAGAUGCUUGGAGAUGCUUUUAAUGAGGCGGUACUUGAAUUAAACGCAUCAGAUGAGCGAGGUAUUGAUGUAGUACGUAAUCGUAUCAAAGGGUUCGCACAGAAAAAAGUGAAUCUUCCUCUUGGAAAACAUAAAAUUAUUAUUUUGGAUGAAGCAGAUAGCAUGACACCAGGGGCUCAACAAGCUCUUCGAAGAAUUAUGGAAAUUUAUUCUAAUACUACACGGUUUGCUUUUAUAUGUAACCAGUCUAACAAGAUUAUUGAACCGAUACAAUCAAGAUGUGCAAUUCUUAGAUAUUCUAAAUUAAGUGAUCAGCAGAUUCUGAAAAGAUUGCUUGAAAUAUGUAAAAGUGAGAAUGUUAAAUAUAGUGAUGACGGUCUUUCUGCCCUAAUAUUUUCUUCUGAAGGAGACAUGCGCCAGGCAGUUAAUAAUCUUCAAAGUACUGUCAUGGGUUUUGGAUUUGUUAAAGGUGAAAAUGUAUUUAAAGUAGUAGAUCUACCAUCUCCUGGAGCAAUUAAAAGCAUCAUUAAUAAUUGUAAAAAAGGUGACAUUAAUGUUGCUCUUGAAACUCUUAAAGAUCUUUGGAAUAUGGGUUAUAGUGCUUUAGAUAUUAUUACAACUUUUUUUAAAGUAGUAAAAAUGAUGGACGAUCUACCUGAAUAUACAAGAUUGGAAUACAUUAAGGAAAUCGGAACAACACAUAUGAUUAUUCUUGAAGGAGUACAAACACCGUUACAAUUAUAUGGUUUAGUUGCACGUUUAACAAAAAAAAACAUGGAUCCCAAAUAUUUUAUAGUUGAUUAAGAAUUCAUUAAUAUAUAUGAUGUUUGUGUUAAUUAUAUUCUACAAA